AUGGAAGACAUAAAAUAAGUUCCAUCCUUUCUAAUAAAAUUAUAUGACAUUCUUGAAGUAAUUAUAACCCGCUAUUCUUGAGUCUGAAUAAGCGGCAAUAUUUUGGAAUAAGGAGGGAACAACAUUUUUGAUUUAAGAUAUUGGAUAAUUGACUGAUCAAAUUUUACCUUUAAACUUUAAACAUCGGAAUUUUCAAAGCUUCUUAAGGUAGAUAAUGAGUUAAUUAUCUUAGGCAGCUUAAUAUGUAUGGAUUUAAGAAAUUGAAAAAUAAAUAAGGGAAAAAUGAGUUUGUACAUUAGUAUUUCAGAAAAGGAAUUAAGUAUUAGUGAAUUUAUUUAUCUAAGAAAUAACUUAUUAAAGAUUAAACGUAGAAAUUAAGAAGACAUAAAGUAGAGUCUGAAGACUUUAACUAAGGAAUUUUAAUCAGAAUCAUAUUUACAUGAGCAUGAAAAAAUGAGAAAGUAAUUAAUGUUAAUGCAAUCAGAACAAUAGAGAAUAUUGUAUGAAAUUAGAUUCUAAAUGAAUUUUAAUUAAAAAUUGUAAAGAGAAACAUAGGAUAUCAUUGAUGUAAGUUUCUAUGAACUUAUAUAGAAAAUAAACCAAAUAAAAAACUAUUCAGUAUCAAAACUCAAUAAACUAAUACUGAUUAUUUAGAAAUUACCUUAAGAUGCUCAAAUUAGUAAGAUGGUAUAGUUAAAAGAUAAAAUUUAACGAAAAUUGGAAACAAUUGAAAUAGAAAAUUUUUAAGUAAAAGAUAUCUCUUUUGAUAAAUAAGAAUCAAAUAGUUAUUAUGAUGCUAAUUUAACAGGAGUUAGAAGUCCUGCUGGAUACUCACCUAAGUCUAAAUGA